AUGGCGGCUACACGAAGAUUGAGCAAGGUAAGGGAUUAUUUAAAGCGAAACUCUUUGUGAUUUUACCGAAAACGAACCCUAUUCGAACAAAAACUUUUUAAGUAAAAGUUUCAGAAAAGACUUUUUAUAUUUAUGCCUUCAAACAUGGAUGUAUUUUGACAAAUGUCGCUCAGAUUGUUGGGCAACUCCAUGACUAACAAUUUUAGAUUUGAUCUCAUUUGUCCUUAGUUUCAAAAUGCAGCUGUCUUGUUUAGUUUACUCUUUAGUUGCCUGAAAGUUAACUGAAAUGGUCUUGUUUUAUCUUAAUAAUUUUUUUUUAUUCUCGAGACACAUUAAGUGAAAUGCCCUACGCUGAAUUUACUUACCGUUUGCAGAUCCGUAAGCUUUAUUUUUUGUGAUGAUUAGACUUGCAUCAUGAUAUUCGCAGUGCAUGUGUGUUGGUGACCUGAUCUUCCCAUUCUUCCAGGAACUGAACGACAUCAGAGCGUCUGGGAUCAAAAUAUUUCGAAAUAUUGAAGUAGAUGAGCAAAGUAUUUUAAAUUGGCAAGGAUUAAUUGUGCCGGUAAGUUAAACUCGCAGACUGCAUAUAGAUUGUGUUAUUUUGCGAAGGGCUUGCUCUAGUUCCUGUUUCGGAUGAUAUUCUUCGACAUCAUGCCAACUGAGGAAAAAUUUUUCGCAGUUUGGAAUAAGUUGUCUUUUAUGUGAUUAUGGGAAACCAACUGUGAUUGGGACCAAUUGUUCUUUCAGCCUCGCUCAUACUUAAGCUACUUGAAAGAGAAUAUUCUGUGACCCUUGUUCACUGUUUUUCUCUGAAGAAAUAUUUCAUUAUCGGUGAAGGUGUUCAUUUUGCAACCAUGGUACAGAAAAGGAUUGACAUUCACUUGUCCAGCUGUUAAGUGCUCUUCUAGUUUUACUUGUCCAUAUGUAAGUCCAGUUGUCUAGUUGUAUACCUGCCAACUUUUUCUGACUCAAAUGCGAGAGAUUUUCACCUUGUCAUGACUGGGUUUUCCGGAAACGUACUGGUGACAACUUUCUGAAGACUUCCGAACAUUGCCAAAGCCUAGUUAAUGCUGGGCAUUUACUAGGCUUCAUUCCAGUGGAAAAAGCUUUUGGGAAAACUUUUAGGAUCAUGAGAUUUGAUUAAAGGAAGUGUGGCAAGGUGGUUAAAAAAGAUUUGUACAAAAAUUUUGGGGUCAAGUUUAUGUUUUUUUUUUGCUCUUUGUUUGGCCUUCUUGACUGAAUUGUGUUAGUUCUGGUAUGGUUUGAAAGAUCUCUUCCCCCUUCACAAGUUAGAUGACAAAGUUGUCCUUGACACAUCACAAGCGGUGGAAGGGAUGUGGAUCUGCUUGGGCAGUUAUUGGCAGCUCCGGGGUGAAUGGGUUAGGAUAAUCAUAAAAUUAUGUGUGCAUUCUUGAAUCUUAUUCAUCUGGAGCAAAAUGUCAAUACUGAAUUGCAACGUUGAUUUGAAAAAUGUCAUUUGUAGGGUACAUAUUGAGUAUUGGAUAAUGUGUCACAAUGAAAUUAUUUUCAAGGUGAGGGAGAGCUCAUUGGAGGCUUUGGUGUACAUAUUAUUUUAAGCACCUGUUAAGAGGGGAUUACAGAAGAAAUACAGAUAAAUUUACUGUAAUGGACUGAUACAAGAAUGUCCUGUAGGGAAGGAACUUUCUCUUUGUCUUCAUCAUUGUCUGGUCAUUUUCUUUGGUAAUGGCUGCAUGUACCAUUUGGUUGGUAUUAUGUGCCAACUUAAUGCUAUAUGUAACUUUAUGGCCCUUUUCUUCAACAGGAAAAUGCACCCUACAGCAAGGGUGCUUUUAAAAUAGAGAUAAAUUUCCCUGCAGAAUAUCCUUUUAAGCCACCAAAGGUGAGUCUGUCUACUUCUUAAUUGCAUUGGACUCAGGUCUAUAACACUGAAGUUUAAUAACCUUCAAAUUGAGGUUAUCAAAACAACAGUUUUGUCUCACCAACAGUCAGGACUAUCCAGGAGUGGACUACACUCACCUGGUCAAUCAUAUUCAACCUACUAAUGACAAUAACCCUGAGUUUAGCUAAUAUUUAAGAAUACUAACCAUUUUGAUUAGGAAAGCACCCCAGUAAGAACAGGUGAUUUAAGCUAUGCUGUAUUGUGUUAUGCAGGGCGGUCAUUUAGGGCGUGGGGCCAGGGAUUUUCCCUGGCUACUAUGAGAGUGACCCCCAGCUACUUUUGUAGAGAAAUAAAAGAAAAAUAGAACCAAAAGAAAUUCCUUGCUGUUUGAUUUCCCAUUUUCUUGUUGUAUUACUGUUUCCCAGUAACUUAAAAUCUUAGUGGUCUAGCCUUGGUCAUGAAGUUAUGAUAUCUUGCCUGUUGUAGUUAUUAUUAUUAUUUUCCUUUUUUUUUUUUUUUACUAAAAUCUGUACUUAUCAGUAAUGAAUUAUUGUUAAGCAAACUGUUAUUGUUAAUGAUUAUCUUUCAGAUCACUUUUAAGACAAAGAUUUAUCAUCCUAACAUUGAUGAAAAGGGCCAGGUAUGCUUGCCUAUCAUCAGCCCUGAAAACUGGAAACCUGCCAUUAGGACUGAUAAAGGUGGGUUAGUGCCCUAAGUUUCAAACCUGGUUAGGCUAAAUACAAAGCAAAGCAAACAUAUGUACAUGUCUUGAUUCUCAGGACAUGGAACUUGCAAGCAACAUGAUACUAAAACUAAUCCAUCCUAAAAAUCAGCCAAGAGUUUCAUGUUACUUGUAGAAAAUUGAGUUCGAUGAAAUUUCCAUUUGGCUGAGGUGUCCGCAUUAAGGACAUUAACGAGGGUGGCUUUCUAUGAGAAUCUGUUGAUUGGAGGAGAAAAAAGUGGUCAUUAUCUGCUUUAACGGGCGUCCAUAUAAGCAGGUCAAAUUUAGAGAAAAAGUAAGGGCUUUCUCCAGGGACAAAGAAAACUGUCUGCAAUAAUGAGGAUGUCUGUAUUAAGUGGGUGUCCAUAAAGCAGGGUUCGGAUGUAUUGUUAUUUGACCUUGCUCAACUGAACUGGUCAUCAAUGUACAUCACUUUAAAGCCAAGACAAUCAAAAAAGGUAUUGGUAAUAGCUAAAAAGUUUACUCAUUUACUUGCAAUUUACACACCUAUUAGUUAUUAACAAAAUAAGAAAAUCGCUAAAGUGAACAUUUUGAUUUUUUCAUUUCACAAGCUUGAUGGAUCUGCAACUCAAAUUUUAGGUAUUACAACCAAUAUCUAGCUUGAAAGCAAGGUGUUAUUACUCGUGAAUAAACAUGUGUGCACUCAGGUUGGCUAGUUAAAUUACUCGUUAUUUUUACACUGGGCUCUGCAUUGGUUACUCAGCCUCUCCUUAGUAUUGUUAUUUAUUAUAUAAACAUCAGUGAAAUACCAGGUAAACUUUCGGGCAAAAACAUGAUAUCUUCAAUUGUGGAAAUAACACAUUAGUUUCACAUGUGAAAAGAUCACCAUUGCUAUGGCUACAUAAUAAAUUGCAUCUUUUACAAGAAACUAUUAAAGUGAAAUGGUUUGGUAUGUCAUUGGUGUUUAUAUUAUGAAUAGAAUAUUACAUGGCUGCUUGUAGAUAUGAGAUUUCUCUUUGAGUGUUGAAAAGUGAACAGCAAACAAGUGAAAUACGUGUAUUUUUCAACACCUGAAGAGAAAUUUUGUAUCUCCAUGCGGGCAUGAAUUACAGUCAACUCUCUCUAAGACAGACACCUUUGGGACCGGCACUAAGUGUCCGUCUUAGAGAGGUGUCUGUCUUAUAGAGAGUCAAAUAAAAGGAGUAAAGAAAGGCAUGGACCAACUCUAGGUGUCCGUUUUACAGAGGUGUCCGUCUUAUAGAGGUGUCCGUUAAGAGAGAGUCGACUAUAUCCUCUAUUUACAAACUUCUUUCUUGUUUCAGUGAUUCAAGCUCUUGUGGCUCUCAUACAUGAUCCUGAACCAGAACACCCACUCCGUGGAGACCUAGCUGAGGAGUACAUCAAGGAUAGAAAAAAGUUUAAUAAGACUGCUGAAGAAUUCACAAAGAAAUAUGCUGAAAAAAGACCUGCUGACUGAACAUCUUUUUGAAUUUGCCUUCUUAUUCUAAGACCAGUCUACAGUUAAAAUCUAGCUUUGAUGUAAUCUCUGAUAUACACUGCUUAAAUCCAUCUUUGACAUCCAGGGCCCAGUUGUUCGAACGCCAGUUAGCGCAAACCCACAGUUAAAUUUUAACCUGGGGAUCGUUUUCUUUUUAUCAAAAGCACUCUCUGGGAUAGUUUUCUCUAUUCUUUUUACAGUAUCCAAUCAUCAAAUUGUAGGCAAAGAGAAUCUAACUGAAUUUGCUUUUUAAUCUCUCAUAUCUGAGUUCAAAUUUCACACAAAUAACCAAGGAUUACCUUAACCCAGCUUCGAACAACCUUGCCCAGUAUUAUUAAUAGUAGUUUUCAGUCUAGUCUGUAAUAGAUUUAGUCAGGCACAGCAUACUGGUGAGUAAGGCCCCAUUUACAUGGAGAAAAGUUGUCCUGGGUAGAAGAAUCACCCUCACAGCUGAGUCAAAUUUAGCAAGCAUUUAUAUGAGAAAAAAGUUGACCCCUUUGCCUAAGCCAGUAGUAGUCGCGCAUGCUGUGAUUGUCUAAAAGAGUGCUCAUGCAUGCUCUGAUUGUCUCGUCUUGACCUAGUUGACCUGGCUGGGCAAGCCAAAGUGUUUAUUUGGAGAAAGGUUGGCCUGGCUAGGAAGGUCACCCUACCUCGAGUUCACAAAUGGGAGAGCCGGCUAGGCAGGUCACCCAUCCAACUUUAUGUUUCUCGUGUAAACAGUUUGUCAAGGCUCCUACGGAAAUAAAAGUUGGCUUGUCCAGGGUAGCUCAAGUAGGCAAGUGACCCUUCUACGUGGGACAAGUUUUGUGCAUAUAAACAGGUCAUAAUCUGAUUGACUUUGAUGAUCUGCCUGUACUUUUAAUCACUUGUGUUAGGGAAUUGCAGAUAUUAGGCUGUAUUGAAUAUUGUGUUUGGUUAGUUUCAGUGGCUGCAACUGAUGACUUUAUAAAGUGUAGUUUCCUCUUAGAUUCAGUUCCAGCCAGCUUUCUUAUACCUUUUUGAAUGCUGUUAUAAUAAAUUUACUGUAAGUAGUGUCGAUGUGCUAGUUAUUGUCAAAAAUAUUAUUUCUUUUGUUUACAUUUUCACAAUAUAUUCUUAACUUAAACAGUCUCUCUUAUUAUUGCUUAGAAGUUUGAAAGUUCUAAUAGGGAAUAGACCUUUUGGACCUAGCGAUUCAUGUGGUACAAAACCGCCAUGCUGGAGAGCAAAAAUCAUACUGGGACAAGACAAACAAAAAACAUACAUAAUUUAUUUUAAAUGGUAAUGUCCUUUGUUUGUCUUGCUCUCCAGCAUGGGGGUUUUGUACCACAUGAAUGGCUAGCUGCAAAGGGCUUUCUUGCCACUUUCAGAUGAGAAGGGAACAGGACUCGGCUUAAAAGUGCCCUGCAAUUGUUUCUGGUAUAGUUACUGGUGACAUGCCGGUCAGGCAUUGGCCAAUUUUUUCCCCUGCUUCUAAUUACAGUCCCAGAAGCCUUUGGGAAAGUGAACUUGGCCCAGUUCCCUUCUAGUUUCUAAAAGGAGUGAAUAGUAGGUAGAAAGGUUGCUUUUGUGGAUGUAAGAGGACAGAAGAUUUUAAGAGCUAUUUGAAAAUUUUCUUUUUCAUUUUGUUCAGGUAUAGUCUUGUUGGUCAGUUCGAUGCUUUUGUUAGUGAUGUGAAAUAUAGUGUAUUAACUAACUUUUGACACGUUCACCUUGUUUCCUUUUUGCACUUUAACAAUCAAAGAGGAGCUACUGGGAAAUUUGACUCACUUCUAAUAGCAGUUGCUGUUAAACUAGGUGAAAAUAUAAGUGGCCCGUGUCAAGAACACUUGGUUUCACUUUAAAAAAUUAAGAGGUCAAAGAAACAUAUUACUGAUUCAAUCCAUUUCAUCAUGUUAUUUGAUCAAUUUACGUGAGUACUGGGGACCUAGAGGACAAAGCAGAUGUGUUAGAACUGGCUGAAAAGUAAGCAACCUAUUUCAGGAACUCUUAUCCCACUCUGCUGUUUUAAAAACAAAUCAUUUGUUUUACAGUGAACACCUUAGUAGUCAGGAAAUAGGAGCAUGAAUCUCAAAGAGUUUCCAUUUAAUUUCAAUAUUUGAUUGUUCCACCUCUUCUCUCCACACCCCAUCUUCCCCAUCAAAUGGGAAGGUUUACGGUCAUCUCGCCAUCAGAAUAUUUCACCACCAACCAACUAGCCACCAGCUGUGUAGCCUUCGAAAAUAAGGAGCAAGUCAAGUAUCCCGCCCAGGCAUAACAAUCAACUGGUUAACGGGGGUUAUCAUCUGAGAUCUACGAGGUGAGUAGACUGUGUCUUGGUGACGAGUCUACUCCUUGAUGGCCAUUCCGUUUGUAGCGAGAUGGUUUGGUGGUGAGGUGACUGGAUAAAUGGGAAGCAUACUGAAAGACUGUCCUACUAUGGUUAAAAGUUUCAUGUGAUCUGGAAAAGUGCUCUUUAAAUAUCUGUUUCUUUGACUGAAGGCAGUGCUUAGGCAAAUCAGCUUCUAGUUUCUCCGAUGCACUAGUAUAUAAUCAAAAGU